UAUCGCAUAAUAAAGCACCGUAGGUCAUAUGCGAUUAUGUACGCAUUUAACUAGAGCGUUAUAUCAACACUUGAACCUCGUACAAUAUGCGUGAUGUGCGUGUUUAAUUUACCAUUCUUUUCACAAGAUUUGGCCUAGAUAGCAUUUGCGAUAUCGAAUCUGUGAAACCACUGACGUGAAAGUAUACGAUUCGUUGCGUUUAUCAAGAUAUCUUUGAUGACAACGUAUGAAAUAUAAGAGGCAAGUAAUCUCUGAGCAGAGAUACUGUUGCGCCAGACUGACCCGUGAUACGUGUGCGAAUAAAAUCAGAGUGCGAUCAAAGAGAAAUAAUUGUCACAAUGAGAUUAUGGAUAUUGUUAACUGCGCUUUUAUUAGUUGCAAUACUUGUGACGGAAACCUCUGCAAAAAAAUCAAGCAAAGAUGUAAAAGCGAAAGAUGGCAGUAAAAAAGAAAACAAGAUUGAUGUAGAAUACCGUACAAAGGAUAAACAGUCAAAGAAAAAAGACAAGUAUGUGAAAGAAGAGAAAAAGAGGAAAAGUAGUUCAUCAGAGCAAAACAUCAAAGGUUCUUCCGAAACAUAUCCAGAAGCGGAAAAUUCUUACAAAUCAGAACAGAAAUCUAAAAAUAAACGGAACAAACGAGAGGAAAAUGUUGAAGUAAUAAAUGAAGAAGAGAAUAGCAACAGUGAAAAGAAAUUAAAGUACUCGAAAGAUAAGACAAAAACAGAAACGCAAAAUAAGAAAAACAAAAAUGCUAAAGAACAAUUAAAAGAAUCCGAAGAAAUUGAAGUUUCUCAAAAUUCCGAAGUUCGUCAGAAGUCAAAGAAAAGUUUAAAGGGAGGGAAAAAUAAGAAACAAUCAAAAAAUAUUGAGGAAAUAGAGAAUAUAGAUCAAAAUUCAGAUUCUGAUGUUCAAAGUAAAAAGAAAACAAAACGCUGUAAAUCGGAAAAUUCUGAAAACGUUAAGAAUGUUGUUAAUAAAAAUGAGAAAAAGUCCAAAAAUGAUAAGAAAAAGAAAAAUGAAGAGAUAUCCAAAAACACUAAAUCCGAGGAAGUUGAGGAAGAAGUAUUCGAAACCGAUGUACCAUCUGAAGAUUCCGAACAAGAAGAAACUGUGACUAAGACAAAGAAGAAUAAACAGGCAUCUCAGGAAACAUCGAAGAAAAACAAGAAAAAUAGAAAGAGGCGUGAAGUAGUUCAAGAAGAAGAGGAAGCCGAACAAGAGCAACCAAAUAAAACCAAAAGCAAGAAAAACAAAUCAAAAGCAACCGUUUCUGUCAAAGAAGAAGAAGAAGAAAACGUAAAUGAAUGUGACACGAAUGGAAUCGACGAAUCUGAAGAAGAUUACAUAGAGGAAAUAGAUGAUGAGUCUACGGAAUACUAAUAUUUCAACAUAUUGAUCAUAAAAUCUUAAACAGUAGAAAACAAUCACAAAUAUAUUUAUGUUAAUACAUUUUUAUAUAUGUAUGUAAUUAGGUUUCAAUAAUGCGCUCUAUAUUAGCAAACUUAUUUAUUUUUAUCUAUCUAUAGUAAAUUAUACAAUUAUAAAUUUUGGAAUGCGGAAAAAACGUUUUUAAAAGCAAAAUUUAUAGACAAACGUUAUAAAAUGUAUAAUUGUAUUUGUGCCUUUUUAGUAAUGUUCCGGUAAUAGGUCGAUAGGAUGCUCUGAAAACACAAUUUUGCAAUUGUUACAAUUUUUUUUUCCACAUUUGCGAUUUAUAAAAACAUUCAAAUAUCUUAUUGUAUAAAAAAUGAAUAUCUCUACUUACCAUUCGAUUGUGCCAUAAAUACAAUAACCCAUCCCGAUCCAAUAUUGUUCACUGUCGAAGUGUAUCUUACAAGAACUCGAUUAGUAUCAGUCUCGAGUCUUGCUGGAUCAUCCUAUAUAAAAAAUAUUUUUAAUUCUGUAUUUUUCAUUUGUAUAUUACAUAUUUAAAUAUAUAUUUUUUUAAAUAUGUUUAACUAUUAGAGAAUGGUUUUCGGACUUAUAUAAUUUUCAAUUUAAAGCUUUGAUAUGUAUGUCAUAGUAACGAUCUACGAAAAAGCUGAGAGCUGAUGUACUUCCCAUCCUCUAGAGGUUAAUCAUAUAUCUUACAGGAAUGAAAAAAUUUAAGAAAUAUUUGAUUGUAUAAUCUUCAAAUAAAGAACUUGAAAGAA